AUGCAUGGUCAAAUUAACAACAUCAGUACAGCCAUCACAUCAACAUUUGAUUCAACCAAAAUUCAAGAACAGCAGCAGAAAGAUAAGAGAAUCAAGCAAUUAUAUGAUCAAUUAGCAAGUGGUAAACAACCUCAAUCAUAUACACUAGAGAAUGGAAUCGUAUAUAAGAACCUUUAUCGAACAAACCACAUGAUACUCAAAGUACCAUACGUUCCAACGUCUAUGAUUGAACAACUGUUACAAGCAUAUCAUAAUAGUCCAACAGCUGGUCAUUUGGGAAUUAAUAAGACAUGGAAUAAAAUCAGAGAUCGGUACUUCUGGCCCGGUGGUGGUAGAAUUUGUUUUCUUUUAGAUUUUGGACAACAAGUUCCAUUAACUUAUAUAUUAAUACCAUCAUGUCAUCAAUUAGCAUAG